AUGGCGACCAGGAUGUCAAAGGAGGAGCUGGCGGCGUAUCAGCCGAGGCCGGGGGUGCGCUGUGAGAAGGCGGCGGCGGAAUUCUUGGCGAGGAGGAAGAAGGAGAUGGAGUCAGAGCCCGAGGAGUCCCGCACCGACCUGAACGCGUACGAAGCAGGCCUCUACCAUGUUUUCUGGGAGCAGAUGUUCGGCAAGGACGGCGGCUCCUACGAGGACAUCACGAUGAUCCCUCCCAUGGCUUUCACUGAUCGCGGCUGCAAGUUUGCCGACCUUCAGUCCACUAUACAGAUUUUUUCCAUCAAAGUCAAGGAGACAACAGGAGGGUUGAAGUGGCCGUUGGAUGUCUACGGUAUGGUCGCUGUCCGUGAUGUGGUCGAUCACAAUCGAAAUGUGAUCUUCCAUCGUGAGAGGGAUAACUGCCAAAUCAUUACCACAGAGGAUCCAUAUCUGGCAGUAACAGGUCCUACUCGAGCUGUUGUGGUGUCUGUUCAUCCUAUAUACUUUGAUGUGAACCUUAAAGUGAAAGGUGACACAAAGUCUGAAGACAAAGAUUUAAGCUUUCUAGCAGCCUGUUACAGCAGUAACGGCCCAUGGGCAUCCUGCUUGUUUGAUCGGGCUUGGACCAGCAAACUCAGCACUCUAAAGUUUACAUUCGGCCACUUGGUUGACUCGGUGGAGGCCACAGUGAGUGUGAAACUCAUUAGAGGGACGUGGCCCCAUGGUUAUCGAGGCGUCUUUACUGUUGAGACCUCCGGUAUUCCUGGAAAGGUCAUGUUGCUACUGGAUUCUUGUGAUGGCAAACUACCCGUGGAUGGUGAUGGUCGGGUGAAGCUUUCACGUCGCGUUGUUUGCGUUGAGUUUGUUCAGCCUUUGGAUGGGCUUGGUAGGGCUAAUUUAAGAGUUUCGGUGGAGGCACUGUGCAUCAGUGGGAAGGAUAAGGAUGAAAAGGUCAAAGGGAAGAAAGAUAAUGUGAAGUUUGGGGUGGAUUUUUUGCCCAAGAAAAGGGGUAGAAGCCGGCAAAUGAUAGAAAUACUCUCGUGUGAGAUUGAAGUAACUGUUGUAUGGUCUCUUAUGUCGACCUUCAAGAGCAGCUAUAAGAGGGCCAUCGCAAGUCACCUAGAGAGUCUAAGUUUUAUUUAG